AUGGAUGAAAUUCAAACCAAAUUCGUCAGAGUGUCCUGGAUUUACGACCUACCAAAAGAAACUAUCUCGCAGUUAAUCAACCAAAAUUUCCCAGAAGAAGAAGUAUCCGAUGAUGAUUUAUUAGAAACCCUCAGGAAGAAAUUGGUAUCGUUAGUGCGGUUAGAAGUAAAUUUAGAAUUAGCACUAAAACUACAAAAUAAGUAUAGUGUAGAACAUAAGCCACUAGCAUUGGAAGGGCUUGACGAGAUAAAAUUGAGGAGGUUAGAAAGAGGUAAAGAGGAGUUUAAAAAGAGUGAAGAGGAAAAGAAAAAAAAAGAAGGGGAAGAGAGAAAAAUAAUUGAAGAACAGAAAAGAAUAGCAGAGCAGAAAAAAAUUGAACAAGAAGCUGAAAAGAAACGAAAAGAAGAGGAGGAAAAACUGAAAAGAGAAAAUCAAGAAAGUGAAGAAAGUGACGACAAAAUGGGUGAAACGAAAAUUGAGAUUGCAAAGUUCUCAGGAAAAAGUGGAGAAUUUGAUGGGUUUAUGAAAAAAUUUGAAAUUGUGAGCAAAGUAAGAAAAUGGUUAGAUGCAGAAAUGGUAUUGAGAUUUCCGUUAUACCUAGAAGGAUAUGCCUUUCAGUACUAUAUUACAGAGUGUGAAAAAGAAACAGAAUUUGAGGCUAUCAAGACGAAAAUGGAGAACAGAUUUAAAGUAUCAAAAUUAAUCAGGGAAGACCAGUUAUUUUCGAGAGAACAAGGAGAGAAUGAAGAAGCCAUGAAAUUCUUAACGGAGAUAGCAAGUGAAGGUAAAGAGUUGAAAAUGGAGGACAGUGCAAUCUGUAGAAUCGUAUUGAGAGGACUGAAGAAAGAAAUAAUUGAGAAGAUAGGUAUGUUUGAUAAUACGUCAAUAGAGAAAUUGGAAGAGAACAUACGACGAUACGAAUAUGAGAGUAAAAUAAUUAGCAAGAAAAAGGAUGAUUUGUCAGAAAAAGUGAAGCUCCUUGAGGCUGAAAUUAAGAAAAUGAAAGCAGCAAAGGAAGACGAAGAACUAAUCAAAGAGCUAGGAUUGGCUGUUCAUGAAAAGAAAGUGUGUGAAUGUAGGUGUAAUAAGAAUGAUAAAGGAAAUUACUCAGGUGGAAGACAAGAUAACCGUAAUUACCAAAGGAAUAAUAAAUAUUGCAAGAUCUGUAGAAGAAAUGGUCACCACACCAACGACUGUUGGUAUAAUGACAAAAAUAAAACCCCUAUUAACGAAAAAAGAAAUGAUAAUAGGUAUUGUGAUAAUUGUAAAAAACCAGGGCAUGAAACUGACAAGUGUUGGUAUAAACCAAAAAACUAG